CUAAUACAGAGACAACAUUUCAUGAGUUUGUUACGUGUCUUAACACAAGUCUUCACUUUUACACCGAUUUUCGAGAAAUUCAUCUUUAAUUCAGUUAUUUAUUAUAAUUUCAAGUUUUAAUCCUAUUAUCCAAAGAUAUGAUGUCUUGUGGACACAUAUGGAUCCCCUGUUUGGUGGCAUUGGUGGCACUGUCGGCCACUUUCGCCAAAGAGAAGAGCGAUUCCGGUGAUAAAGACGGCAAAGACAGC